UACAAAAUAUAUCGUUGGAAAGAACUUGGAGGAGGUGCGUUCAACAUUUAGGCGUCUCAUCACCCUGUCACAUUUAUGAUCACUUUAAUGUAUGUAAACGGGAUCACUCAGGACUACCUGCCAACAGAACUGUUACGAUGGACACCCUCAAGGCCAUUGCAUGGGGGACACCAGACUAGGUGCCCCACUUGGACGCCGGCCAUGUUGAUCAGUCAACGCACGACACGUUCUCGUGUAUGGCCACGUCGACACAGUUUCCUUCAAAGCCGGGAAAAUGCAUGCACGUCCGCGUUGAAAGCUUUGUUGAGGUCAUCGAUGAUCCGUGGCUUGCUGCCAUGCUGUCCGUGUUUUCCUGCCUGCGUCAUACCCUAUGGGUCACAAGGAGGAGAAAGACAGGAGAAGAAAAAAGAAAACAGUAAAACAAACUUUCCCUUUAAGAACAUCUCACACACUUUACAGAAGCUUCUGCGGCAUGUGUAGGAGACAGGUGGAACACUUCGGAAACAUAUUUGUCGACGUUUCCAUUGGACGAAUACACAAAAGCGAAGGAGCUGAUGUGAGAAUGUUUAUAAAGGAGAUAAAAGUAUUAUUGCUAUUCUUCACCUGUGUGCGUCGGGUUUUUUGGGUUUUUUUUUUUUUAAGUUUCGUCUUUCUGUUCUGUUUCGUUUAACGUUGCAAUUGGUGUGUUAGAAUAGCCGGGUUUUUUUUCUCUCGUUAAAUCAGUGUAUUUUUUUUUUUUUUUUUAACUAAUAGCUGCAGUUUACCUGUUAUACAGUCUUGCCUUUUCGUUUUGGUACGGGGAGACUGACACCGCAACGGCUAAGUGCUUGUCGCUAGGGGAAGAUCGUGUGAUGCAGGUUCGGAUCUCGCCUUUGGUGCAGGCAAUUUCUCUCCUUUCUCUCUCUCAGUGUGUCGCUUGUUUGCAGAACCAGACUCUGUAGCUCUUUAUGAUAAAAUCUCAAGUGCUGACGCCAUAAAGCAAAACUAACAACCAAAAGUCGAGAUGGUUGGGGAGAACUAGAAUUCUUUUUUCUUUCUAUCCCCUACCUUUUGAGAGAAAAAAAGAAACGUAGCUGCCAACUUCUUUGGCUGUUUCCAAGCUAAAAGUGUCGCGUUGUGCACUUCGUACGUUUAUGUAGCCAAAAACAAAUGUUCACCUCUUUUGAGUGACCAUAUGAUGCACAAACGGCACGAGCGCGCGCACAUCGACACAGAACAUUUUUUUUUCUCAUUGUUAAUGCGGUGCUCAUCGGUGAAAACGAAAGUUCUUUUGUCCUGUGUGUAUCACACCUGUCAUCUUAAAAAAAAUAGAUAUGCUACUUUUUUAGAGCGAGAGCUUUAGUAGAAAAGAAGCGUAAGCUGUAGGAAACUAGACACAAUGCCUUGCCGAUAUAUCAUCAUUAUCAUCAUCGCGAGUUUUGACCGAAAAGCGCUCUGAUAUUUGAAGUGGACAAACCGUACACCACACACCUCUAGCCUUGUCGCAAACUAGAGUUACACCAGAAGGACAAUGCUAUAAGGCUAGAGGAAGACGUGCGGCAGAAGUCCAAGUGCGUGAAGGCCAGGUGAUCAACAUUCUUACACGAGCUCGCCAAAGCCUGGGCCUGGAGUUCAGCAGACAGGAACACGAGGACGGUAUUUUAGUAGAGUUUCACCUGAGAAGACCAAUGCACUGAGAAAAGACUUGCAACGUCUGAGGUCGCUUGAGGAAAAGGAACGUUUGCUUUUCGGUUUAAGAAAGAAAAACUAGUUGAUGUUCUGGCUGGAUGAUGUGGCUUGAACCAGAUAGAAGAAACUAAUUCUUAGUGUUAUGAUAUUGUGUGAAAAGGGUUUGUCUUAAACGGACCUCUGGAAAAGAAUGAAAUAUUUAAAGGUCAAGUAUAUGAUGUCAUGUCUGGACAUUGAUACAGGUAAUGAAUGUAUGAUCCAAAUUAUUGGCUGAAACCUUCAAAAUGUCAGUGUAUCCUUGCACAGUCUUGGCCUCCUUGCUGCUGACAUUUUUCUCUGAAGGUCUAUGUUUGCUGGCGUGUACCCCAAGAACAGAAGAAUUAACCCAGAUUUUGAAAAUCAGUAUCUUGCAGAGCUGUAUCCAGUCACUAGGUAAAAAUGUACCACUCUAGACUAGAAAAAUGCUCGGUGUAUUCUGGUGAGUGUGUGCGCGCGCGAGCCCCUGUGUGUCUGUGUGUGUUUUCCAUAGAAUUUUACAUCUUGAUUAUUUACAAAUAUUAGACUGGGCUUCGCAGUCUGUAACAUGCAAGUUCUUUCUUCUCAAUGUUCAUUCUAACAUGUUUUUUUUUUUUUUGUGUCCUGCACACUUGUAUACUUUAGAGACAGGUAGUUUAGACUAUUUUAGGUGCAAAAGAGGUUGAGAACACCGAACGUUGGCGAGGAUGGUGUGUCGUGUCCCCGGCUCCAUCCCUCGGCGUUGACGCGAAUUCUCCGUAGCCUCGCGGCCUGACAUCAAACAUCCGUGACCCCUGGUGUGUGCAGGCGUCUUAAAACUCACAGAUAGUCUUCGCCAGCUCCACCCCCAUCCUCUUCACAGCCAUUUCAAGCAGGCGUCCAGGUCCUGAGACAAGUUUACUAAAUAACAAUCCUGAUUCGUCUUCGAGAACACGCGCAGAGGCUGGCCUGCACUUGACAGCUUCUAGCAGGUGGCGCUGACUACCACUGUUUUCUUUGAAGAAGAAGAACACAGAUUAUAAUUUAUGUUCUUUCAAGAUCUGCAAGGACGAACCCCAUCAAAGAAAAGAUUUUCGUAGACGAAUUUUGUUGUUGGAAUAACGUUGAUUCAUUGUUGGCGAAGACAAAAGUAUUCUUUUCUGGAUUAAAACAGUAGAAAGUUGUUUGAAACUCAACAAUUUUAUCUCUUUCUUUUCUUCGGCAUGCAUAAGCAAAGGACAAACUAGGUUUUCGAAAUCUUUCAACAAUGUAUUUAAGUUCGCACAGGCACUGGGAAAGUAAAAGAAGACAAAUGGCGGUCCUGUCGUCUGUGACCAUGGACUGGAAAAGACUUUGUUUGAGCACCUGCUUUCUAAUUUCUUUCUCCAGCGUCGCUUACUCACAAGUCGUUACCCAAGAAACGCUCAGUUACAUGGGCAAGUACCUGGUUGUCAAGUACCAAGUCAUAGACAACUUCAGGGACACACUCAAGACCUACCAAGCUCAGAUCACUCUCGUCAACAGCGGCACCAAACCCAUUCCGGCGCGAGGCUGGGCCAUCUUUUUCUGCCAGGGCAACCUGGUGGAACCGAAACACCACCCGUACCCAGAAGGGGUUUUGCUGGAGGAUCAAGGGAUCCGCUUCAGACAUUAUCAGGGCUGCGUGUUCAGCUUCGAGCCAGAUGGGAUCUUCGAAGACAUUCCAAGCGGAGCCACUAGAACUUUCCGGUUUCUGUCCGAGAACUUUUCGGUGGCGAGGACGGACACCUACCCCAACUGGUACGUCGCCGCACCCGGUCUGGAAGCUCGGGUGAUCGCCAACACGGCAGGUGAGACGCUAGAGUGGGUGGGCGCGUUCGACAAGGAGAACAAGUGGAAACGCUACGACUACAAGACUGAAGAGGCCGAAGGUCAUGACCGCUAUGACCCCUACACACCUGCCGCCAGGUAUGAAGUGAACAGAGUGAGCGACCUGAACGGCGCGCCCAAACAUGUCAUCCCCACCCCUGUGGAGCUGAAAGUUAACGGAGACGGAUUCCUGCAGCUGAACACCAAGGACUGGACCAUCUUCGCUCCAGAACAGUUCUCCAACGAAGCGCGCAUUCUGGGUGAAUAUCUCGGCAUCGUAGUGUCUAAUACUCGGCGACAAAGCCGAACAAUUGUCUUCAAAGUCGCUGAUGUGAAGGUGACAGUAGAUGGCAAAGAACUCUCGACAAAGGAGGCAUAUGAGCUGACUGUCGAUGUCACCAACGAUGUCAUCGAGAUCAAAGCCAAAGAGCCAGAGGGAGCUUUUUACGGAGCCAUGACUCUUCUAAACUUGAAAGACGAAAAAGGAAGAGUACCGGAAGUGAGCGUGAUGGACGCCCCCCGCUUCUCGUACAGAGGGUUGAUGCUAGACGUGGGCCGGAACUUCCACCCGGUGGAGGACGUGUUGCGACUGUUGGAUGUAAUGAGUCGAUACAAACUGAACACCUUUCACUUCCAUCUCACAGACGACGAGGGGUGGCGCAUAGAAAUACCUGAACUUCCGGAGUUAACGCAGGUGGCAGGCAGGCGGUGUCACGACCUGGAGGAGAACGAAUGCCUCCUGCCCUUCCAAGGCUCCGGCCCCACCUCGUCUCCCAGAGGCUCGGGCUUCUACACCGUGGAGGACUACAAGAGAAUUCUGCGCUAUGCUGCACAACGUCACAUCCGGGUCAUACCGGAAGUGGACAUGCCUGGUCACGGUCACGCUUCCAUCAAAGCCAUGGAAGCCAGGAGACGAAAACUCUUGAAAGAAAAUGAUGAAGGAGCUAAUAGGUAUGUCCUAGUUGACGACGACGACCCCUCGUGGUACAAGUCUAUUCAGCUCUACACCGAUAACGCCGUCAACCCAUGCCUGUCGUCCACCUACAACUUCGUCAACACCGUGGUGCAGACGUUGGUGGAGGUGCACCGUGACGUCAUGCCACUCACCAUCUACCACUUUGGCGGGGACGAGGUGGCCAAGGGGGCGUGGCAAAACUCCACCGCGUGCGAUGUACUGCUGACGUCGGGUUUCGACUUCAGAAACUACAAAGAUCUAAAAGAAUACUUCGUUAGACAGGUGUCGAACAUCACAUCGCGAUACGGCCUUGACCUUGCGGCCUGGGAGGAUGGGGUCAUGGAAUCGGGAAGCACGCCCUACACUCGUAGUGAACUGCAGAACAACGGUGUGUACGCGUACACGUGGGACAACGUCUGGGAAUGGGGCGUGGCCGGAAGAGCCUACAAACUUGCCAAUGCUGGUUACAAGGUCAUCAUGGCACAAGCCACCCAUCUUUACUUUGACCACCCGUAUGAGCCCGAUCCAGAGGAACGUGGUCUGUACUGGGCCCCACGGUUUACAAACACCCGCAAAACGUUUUCUUUCAUGCCCUCUGACCUUUAUGCAAAUGCAGACGUGGACAGAUCAGGUAAUCCUAUAGAGCAUGAAGAUCUUUGCGGCGAGGACGGAGAAGACUGUCCCAAAUUGAAGAAACCUGAAAACAUUUUUGGCAUGCAGGGUCAUUUGUGGAGCGAAGCCAUCAGGACUCGCCAGCAGGCGGACUACAUGCUCUUCCCGAGAUUCCUGGCUCUCGCAGAGCGCGCAUGGCACGAAGCAUCAUGGGAGCGGAACAAGUCCGACAACCUGACGCGCAUUCGAGAGAGAGAAAAGGAUUGGACAGAUUUUGCCAACACUUUGGGCUAUCGAGAACUGGCGAGACUGGAUGAUUUGGGAAUAGAAUACCGAAUACCGCCUCCUGGUGCUAAGCUGACCCACGGUACUAUUGUCACCAACGUUGCUUUUCCCGGUCUGCGGGUGGAAUAUAGUUCUGACAGUGGAGUCACAUGGUGUGAUGUCAAAGACAACAUGUCUGUAUCCCCCGGUUCAACCAUACUUCUACGAACAAGGUCAGCAACAGGAGGACGACACAGUCGGGUGGUUAGCUUACGUGUCAGUGGAACCCAAGCAGGAAGUGCCACCAGGACAGCCCCACUUGGCUUAGUUUUCAUCACAUUUAUUUUUAGUUUAAUGCGAAUAUUUUAACGCUGCUGCCUUUUAUAAACUUUGUUGUUCCUGUUUCGCUUUUUUUGUUGUUGUUUCUGUUGUUGUAUUGUUUUAGAAUAUUCUUGACAAAAUUGCUUUGGAAUUAAAACUUAUUUAUUAAUUUG